AUCAGUUUCACACAUGUAGUGGACAAACGAAUAUUUUUCAUUGAAAAUCGUCGAAAUUUAGCUUUAAAACCGGCAGCCAACGGGUGAAAACCGUUCCAAUACCUGCUGCGAUUAUUGGAUCGCAUUAUGGUUGACCAACCGAGCCACAGAUCGUAUAAAAUACGUGGUCACAAUCGGCAAAGAAAAAGUUCGAAACCUUAUUCUAGACCUAACGAAGCGAAAAAUAAGGGUUUACUCGACAAGGUAAAGGAUUAUUUGAGCCCUGGGUGGCUGUUCGGUUAUUUUUCUUCGAAUGAAGACGUUGAAGAUAACUUUCAAGAAGAUAUCUUAGAUCAGAAUGCGACAGUUACUCACGAAGAAGGGAGUACUUCAGGUGUUACACAACAAGCUCGUUUAGAUAACAUUGAAGAGGAAAGUGAUGAUCGUACGUUUAGAGAUACUACAAUGGACAAUGUUAGAGACACUUCAUUUGAUACGAAUGAAGAAGAAGAGCAAGUCUUUACUGCUGAUGAUAAUGAUCAGGAUGAUGUGAGGAAUCCUGACACAACAACCAGGUUGUCUGGAUCACUUAACGAUGAUGUUGAAGAUGAAAAUGAAAGAAGAUUAUUGGAACAAGAACACAGACCACAUCAAUCUGUUCUGCCAUAUUCUGACCAGCUGAAACGUAAACCUUUGCCAUCAUUGCUUCACUCUCGUUCAUCCACCUCGCUGCGAGCAACGCCUAGUUUACGUUCCCAAGGAAACCAACUGUUGGGGUCUUUAGCAGCUCGAAGUAAUACUUACAUGCCUGGUACUAAAAUCUCAACUUCAACAGCAUCACAUGCUUCUAGUUUUUCAAGUGCUCAAAGGCCUACCACAUUGUUUUCAAGAAGUUCAUUGCUAAGAGACAAUAACCUUAAUAGAGUUGAACCAUCAAAAGUUGCAGCCCCACAGAAAUUAGAUGCCAUGUUGACAAAGUCAACCUCAACAUUGCAGACUGUUCCUGCUUCAAAUACUGCGCCAUUGUUUUCUGUUGAGAAAUUUGUCACACCUGUGCAAAGAACAUUUACCAAUAAACGAGUUGGAUCACCAAACUAUCCUGGGCCAGUGAUAUAUGGAGGGGCACUGAAUGUGUCCCGAGAUGUACCAUUCAAAAGAAGGCGAAUGAGUUCUCCGGGAUCCGAGAGUUAUCAUCCUGUUUCAAAACUUCGUAUCAGAGGUGUCAAAGAAAAAACGAUUCAAAAUUCAACUGUUGGUGGAAAUGGCACAAGAACAGCACAGCGAAUCCUUGAUGCUCUGGAGUCUGUCUCUUCUCCACUUAAGGAUGCCCGUCGUAUUCCAUCUCCGAUUUCUUUGGCCUCUGCUUCCCCUCUGUCUUUCACGGCAUCCAAAACACGAACUACCCCACCAAAGACAAAAGUCGGUCCUCGAGUUUCAUAUCUACAGGCAAAGCUACUUGGUGAACCUCCUGUGUCCUCUCUACAAACUCCAAAAAUUGCAAAAACAUCAUUUCUUGAAGAUCCUGCAUCGAAGGAACCCCUGGGCAGACAACAGCAUUCCUCCCCGCCAAAAAUGACUUUAAAAAAUACUGUUGAAGAUCAGUCAUUUUUCAGUGGUCUCAAAGAUACAGUUCUUAAGAGUUCACUUCCAACAAAUUUUGCACCAAAAUCUUUGCCAACAUCACUUUCGCCCAUAGAAAGCACUGGCAGAACUUCUGGCAAGAUGAAAACUGCACCACGAAGUGCAGCCAUGCAUUACAGUUCUAAUAAAAAUAGCCAAGAAUCUGAAGUUGUUAAUCCUCUACCAGAGAUCUCCAACGCUGUCCCACUUCCUCUCAAUCCUGGAAAGAACAUGUCUUUCCCAAUGUUCAGUUCAAACAAGAUUGCUGGUGAUGGUAAAUUAGCGAGUAAUUCCGAGAACAUCGCUAACAAACAAAAGGAAACGUCCGCAAGAGACAAGGUAUUGACGGAGUCGCCAAAAAAUGGUUUCAUCUUUUCAUCGCCAGAAGCGAAAUCUCAACGUUUUUCGGUGAAAGAGAGUUUAGAAAUGGCUGACAACGAGGUUUCAUUUUCGUUCAGUGAUCCAGUCCCGGUUAAGAAGAGUUCAGCUGCAUCAAAAGAGACAUUCUUCAACCCUCUUUUGCAAUCUCAGAAAACUUCAAGCAGUUCUAAACCGAUGGCGAAUUAUUCCUCAAAAUCAACUUUAAGCGUUAAUCCUCUUUCGAAUGACAUUGGUACAGGUCAGGCUCCACCCGCUAAGACGCCUGGGAAGCCUGAGCCAGCGCAAACCAUCGAUUUAACUAAGCGGUUUGCACCAGCGCCUGGUUCAUGGGAAUGUGGUUCAUGUAUGUUGAACAAUAAGCCGGACGCCAUAAAAUGCGUGGCCUGUGAAGCGCCAAAACCUGGCAAGAAAGCAGAGAAGCCUGGUGAGGACAAACACGUGGUCGACUGGAAGACAAAGUUUGCCCCUCCUAAAGAUUCAUGGGAAUGCAGCACGUGUUUGGUAAGGAAUAAAAAUGACUUGAGUAAGUGUGCCGCGUGUGAGACACCGAAGCCUGGGACUAGUUCGAUUGUGGAUUUGAAAGCCAAGUUUGCUCCUCCAGUUGGCUCAUGGGAAUGUUCAACGUGUAUGUUACAAAAUAAGGCUGGCGAUUUGAAGUGUGUCUCGUGUGAGACGAGUAAGCCUGGAUCGAGUUCUGGCGAUGAUUUGAAGCUCAAGUUUGCUCCCCCCAGUGGCUCAUGGGCAUGUCCAGCUUGUAUGAUUCGAAAUCAAGCUGCUGACUUGAAGUGUGUUGCAUGCGAGACGAAGAAGCCUGGUACAGAGAACACAGUUCCAAGUCAAUCUGGUGUUACUUUCAAUAAUACAAGCUCGUCUACGAGUGGUUUUACAUUUGGCGGCAGUGGUUCUGCAUCUAGCACAAGCUCCGGGUUCACAUUUGGCCUUGGAGACAAGAGCUCUGAGUCAUCCAAUAAAUCAACAACUACUUUAGGACAGAGUUCAAACGAAUCAAGUAAACAACCGUUUACAUUUGGAAGCAAUACAGCUACGACAACAAAAUCUGGUUUUACGUUUGGUGCAACGACCAGUAGUGAAACUAAAUCUGGGUCAGGUUUUACUUUUGGUGGGAGUUCAGGAGAAAAAUCAACAACAGCACCAACAUUUGCAUUUGGAGCAAACUCUCCAGAAAAGAAAUCUGUGUUUACAAAUGGCCCUGAAAGUGUUGAGAAAAAAACAGAUCAAAAUGGAAAUUUGUCUGAGAAAGAUGGCGGAGAAACAACUUCAAAACCAUCAAAUACAAUGACAAUGAAUAUAGCGCAGGCGGCAGCUGCUGGAUUAUUGCAAGUACCUGGUAAAGAUCCUACACCAAGUACUAGUCAAGCUAUAACAAGUCAGGCAACAAUUCAACAAUCCUCCGCUAGCCAACCACCAUCUCAAGCAUCUAAAACCUUGCCUUCUUUUGCUCCGACCUUCAAAUUUGGCGCUUCGACGGCGCCAUCGAGAGGGUCUGGGGAACAACCAGAGAAAACGUCAGCUCUGAGUUUCGCUCCACUUUCCUCAUCCACUGGUCGGGAGACGCAGCCGCUCGCUUUUCAGUCAUCAACAACCACUGCGGCAACUCCAACAGGAGGCCUGUUUACUUUCGGAGCUGCGCAGUCAACUGCUCCUGUGGUUACGUCAUCCACAGCAAAACCCAGCGCAACUUCAUUAUUCUCUUUCACUGGUUCUAACCCAACUCCACUGGCUGCCACCACAACAACACCUGCUCCAAACAAAGCCCCUUUUUCAUUUACCGCUUCCAAAAUCGCUACGACAUUGCCCAACGCUGAAACGACAGUUCCAUCUUUAACGACGACAAACUCUGCGUCUUUGUUCAAAUUUACUGGCCCUUCUGAGCAAGCAUUGUCUGUCAAACCAACAGCUACUUCAUCUCAGAGUACAUCGUUGUUUUCAUUCACUGGUUCGACAGCAACAAGCACAGCUCAGCCUCCUUUGUUUAAUUUUGGAGCAGUGAAUGGUCCUACAACAAGCAAUGGACCCAGUAUUUCUACUGGACAGUCAACCACUGGUUUGUUUUCAUUCACUGGAGCUCAGCCAUCAGCGGCUCCGGUUGUUGAAAAUCAAAACUCGAUGGGAGGGGAGGAAAUGGACGCUGACUCAAAUAAUAACCAUGAUCAGGCCACCUUCCCUCAGGUCUCUGGUGGAUUUAACUUCACACCACAGCAACCAGGCGGAACUUCUAAUCUAUUUUCCGCUGGAUCAAGUGGAACACCAGGAGGGGUCUCAGGGGGUUUUAAUUUCAAUGCCAGUAGCGGCAUUGCCCCAACAUUCCAGUUCGGAACAGGAAACCCAAGUACACCUUCUGGUGGAUUUAACUUUGGAGCGGCUGCAGCACCCGCUGGUUCAUCGCCUUUUAUGUUUGGAGGCGCACCAACUCCUUCCAGCGGCACCGCAAAUCCGUCAGCUGGUAUUACUCCGUUUAACUUUGGCUCGAUUUCCUCAGCGCCAAACAAACCACAACUCAGCGUGCCUCCAAAUACUGACCAACCAACAAUGUUUAAUAUCGGAGCACAAUCAACCACGCCGGGAAACCGUGUUAUCAGGAAAGCUGUAAGACGAAACCGGAAAGUAUUGUAAAAAUCUUGUCAAACAAAAACUGCUUUCUUUAAAGACUAGUAGACUGUGAAUCAAUGAGGAUUGCGAAUCAUGCAUCUCUGCUGCCGUAGUUCGGGUCUGAACUACCUAAAAAUGCCAUCUCUGGAUGGAAUUGAUAUUUCUAUUUGCCUAAAGAAAGCUAGUUUUCUCAGCAAGAUUAUAUAACCAUGCAAGCCAGUACUACACGUCGACAGGAGACAAUGGACUUCAAGACGUGACCGUUUCAACCAGAAAACAACUGAAGCCUGGUGAUUUUUUUAAACUUGAAGACUGAAUUGUAUCAGCAAUGACGAAACUUCAAGGCUUGAGUUGAAAAACUGGAGAAUAUCGAGAACCUUUCUGUUCCUAAGGAAAAUAUAUCCUUACAUUAUGAUCAGAUUUCGGACUUACAAAAACCGUUUUGAGCAUUUUUAUUUAAAAUAUCCUGAAUUAGAUAGUGUUAAUUUUCGGCUGUGUUUAAUGUACAUAAAUACACUCGCAUUUACACCAAGUCAAACCAAUUCAAAGUAUAGCUAUUUUAUUCAAUAAGAUAAGGAUAAGGAAAAAAUUACGCAAAAUAUUUAUUUUUAUAGUGUAUAUAACGGGGGAAUUUCGUAUAAAUAUUAGGGGUGGGGUGGGGGGAGGGAAAUGAUAGGAUUUCGAAGGAUAAAUAAAAUAGUAAGUUUUGAAUUGGGUUGGUUCGGAAUAUAAUAUGAAAGUUGAUGUAACUGGUAAGCCUCGUAUUUAGUUUGGAUAAUCUGUUAAAAAAAGAUGAUUCACUUGAAACUAGCUACUGAGAAUGUAUUGCACAGUUUUGUCAACCUGUAGUUACAGUAUUUUCGUCUCUUGGAGAGCUGAGACCUUAAAAAGGCUUUUUUUUUCGACAGAUUAUCCAUGCUCUGACAUGAAACCUUGUGUACUACUGAUAUUGAUUGGUGGAAAAAAAUUACAUACGAUUAAAAAUGA